UGGAAGAAAGACAAAAGAUUCCACUGUAGAGAGGCAAGAGAAGAGAGCCACUGAACCACUGCACUGAUCCUUUCUAUCACAAAUUCUCAAUCAAGAAACCAAACACAAAGCCAUGACCAUGAGCUUCUCAAUGGGAAGCUCUUAUUUUUUACACUCUCACUUUCCUUCCUCCACUACUUCUUCUUCUUCUUCUUCCCAACCUGUUUCCUUUCAUGUGAAGAACAACAGCAAUAAUAAUGAAAUGACCGGGAGGAGGAGAGUGGUUUCUGCUUGUAUGGGUCAAGAGGAUCCAAAGGACAUUGUUUUCAGAAAGAAGAGAGCUGUUCUGUUUUUGGGUAUUUCAGUUCUUCCUUUCUUGCACCUCAGGGCCAGAGCUCUUGAAGGUCUUGUUACAAGACAGAAAGAAGAAAUUUGGGAGGAGAGGAGAGAAGAAACUGGAGAGAAACUAGAGGAACAGAAAAUGGGGAAACCAUGAAGGAAACGAAUGAGAUAGAAGAAGCUACACUCAUGGCACCAGGGGAGGACCAAAAAGAAGAGCUAGCAAUUCAAAGAUACACACCGCCAAAUCCCUUUUUGUCUCUCCUGAAUGGCCUCGGCAUAUUUGGUACUGGUGUGCUUGGUGCGCUCUAUGCAUUGGCUCAGAAGGAAAAGAAAGCUACUGAUAAAACAGUAGAAUCUAUGAUAUCUAAACUGAAAGAAAAGGAAGCUACCAUUGAAUCCUUGGAGAAAAACUUUGAAUCAAAGCUAUUAAAUGAACAGGAAGAACAGAUGAAGCAACGGAAGAAGGCAAAGGAAGAACAACAGUUUUUAUUGAGCCAGCUAAACUCGGCAAACAGUAUAAUCGCAGGGUUAGGACAGGAGCUAAAAAAUGAGAAAAGAAUAAUUGAGGAGCUUAGAGUUCAAGCAGAGGGUCUAGAAACCAACCUCUCAAAAGCUGGGGAAGAUAAAAAAGCUCUUGAACAACUGUUGAAGGAAAAACUCAGCAUGAUUGAAGCCUUACAAGAUAAGAUCAGCUUGCUUAGUUCGGAGAUCAAGGACAAGGAAUAUAAUGCUCAAAAUCUCAGCUCUUCACUUGCUGAAAAGGAAUUGGAGCUAAAGAACUUGAAUUACACGCAUGAGCAAACAAAUGGUGAACUAGCGAAAGCAUGCUCAGAGAUCAAAGGAUUGAAAGAUGAACUACUGAAAAACAAGAAGGAACUAGAAAUGAGGAAUUCUGUGGUGGAUGAAUUAAAUUCAAAGAUCAGUUCUUUAAUUGUUGAGAGAGAUGAAUCUAGUAGGCAGCUUAAUACUAUUCAGGAGGAGUACAAUGAUCUGAAAUCGUCCUCUGAAAAGAAGGCUGCCCUGGAUGCUACACUAUUGAGAGAGAGAGAAUAUGAGCUUCACGUGCUGAAGGAGAAGCUUGAGGUUGCUUUGAAUGAAGCAAGUGGUAACCAAGCAAGGAUUGAGGACUUGACUCGGGAAAGGAAUGAUUUGAGAAGAAUGCUUGAUGAUGAAGUGAGCAAUGCCAAGAAUCUAACAGAUGAGCUCCAUAUCACCCAGGAAGCCCUUGAGAAGUUGAGAGAGGAGGCCUCUGAUCUGUCAGAACAGCUCGAGCAUUCACAAAACCAGUGCACUGAGCUUCAGGCUGAGGUCUCAAGGAUUCUGGCUGAGUUUGCUGAAGUUACAGAAACCCUGCAGAAGAGUGUUGAGAAGGCAAAACAAAGUGGUGAGUUGUUAGCCAGUGAGCUUACAGCAAUGAAGGAACAAUUGAGGAAAACUAAAGAGGAGCUGCAAGUUAUGUCACAAGAUCUGGAAAUGGUGACUGAAAAUCGUGAUAGCUUACAAAAGGAGUUGGUAGAUGCGUACAAGAAAGCAGAAGUCGCAGCCAAUGAAUUAAAAGCAGAGAAGAAUAUAGUUUCUUCUUUGAAUAAAGAAUUGCAGAACUUGGAGAAGCAAAUGUUGAAGGACAAGGAGUCAAGAAAAUCACUUGAAACAGAUCUAGAAGAUGCCACUAAAUCCCUUGAUGAGAUGAACCGAAAUGCUUUGAUACUUUCUGGAGAGCUGGAGACGGCUAAUUCUCGGAUUUCUAGCCUUGAAGACGAGAAGCAGGUGCUUUACAAAUCCCUAACUGAGCAGAAGAAUGCAGCCAAAGAGGCCCAAGAGAAUAUGGAAGAUGCUCAUAACAUUGUGGUGAGGCUAGGGAAGGAAAGGGAGGGUUUGGACAAAAAGGGAAAGAAACUUGAAGAAGAAUUGGCAUCUGCUAAGGGUGAAAUAUUGCGAUUAAGGAGUAAAAUAAAUUCUUCAAACACUGCUGUAAAUGAACAGGAGAGACAGAAAACCGAAGCUGAAAACUUGCGAUCAAGGAGUAAAACAACAAAUUCAUCGAGCACUGUUGUAAAUGAAGAGAAGUCAGAGGGAACUGAAGCUGAAGAGAAGGUCACAGUGAAUGCAAAGAAAAGUGGUAGAACUAGAAGGAGAAGGGCUAGUUCGGAAUGAAGUAGUGCCUGAUAUGUUGCCAUGAUAGUUUUGUUUGUUGAGCUGUUUCUUUGUUUUUACGCCCUUCCCCUACGAUAUAUAUAUAUAUAUUUUUCCUGUAAACCAAGUUGUUGUAUGAAUGUGAUCCCGAGGCAUAACAUUGAGGAAAUUCUUGUUCGUAA